AUGGACGAGCUCGCCGGAGGCGGUGGUGGCGGCCCGGCGAUGGCGGCCCCUCCACGGCAGCAGCAAGGACCCGGGGGGAACAUGAGCCUUUCGCCAGGGGGGAAUGGAGCGGCGGGCGGCGGGGGUCCUCCGGCCGCCGAGGGAGCGGGUCCCGCGGCAGGCCCCGAGCUGUCCCGGCCGCAGCAGUACACUAUCCCAGGGAUCCUGCACUACAUCCAGCACGAGUGGGCUCGGUUCGAGAUGGAACGGGCGCACUGGGAGGUGGAGCGGGCCGAACUACAGGCUCGGAUAGCAUUUUUGCAAGGAGAAAGAAAAGGUCAAGAAAACUUGAAGAAGGAUUUAGUAAGAAGAAUAAAGAUGUUAGAGUAUGCAUUAAAACAAGAAAGGGCAAAAUAUCACAAAUUAAAAUAUGGCACAGAACUGAACCAAGGUGACUUGAAAAUGCCAACCUUUGAAUCAGAAGAAACCAAAGACACAGAGGCUCCCACAGCACCUCAGAAUAGCCAGUUAACGUGGAAGCAAGGCAGACAACUGUUAAGACAAUACCUUCAGGAAGUAGGUUAUACAGAUACAAUAUUAGAUGUACGGUCUCAGCGGGUAAGAUCAUUACUUGGACUGUCCAAUUCAGAACCAAAUGGAUCAGUAGAGACAAAGAAUUUAGAACAGAUCCUGAAUGGAGGUGAAUCUCCUAAGCAAAAAGGACAAGAAAUCAAAAGGACUUCUGGUGAUGUUCUUGAGACAUUCAAUUUCUUAGAAAAUGCUGAUGACAGUGACGAAGAAGAGGAAAAUGACAUGAUUGAAGGCAUCCCAGAAGGAAAAGACAAACAUAGGAUAAAUAAACACAAAAUAGGUAAUGAAGGUUUAGCUGCUGACCUAACUGAUGACCCUGAUACUGAGGAAGCACUGAAAGAAUUUGAUUUUUUAGUAACUGCUGAAGAUGGUGAAGGAGCUGGAGAAGCACGAAGUUCAGGGGAUGGCACAGAAUGGGAUAAAGAUGACCUCUCCCCAACUACUGAGGUUUGGGAUGUAGACCAGGGACUAAUAAGUAAGCUGAAGGAACAGUACAAGAAGGAACGAAAGGGGAAGAAAGGGGUGAAGAGGGUCAACAGGACAAAACUCUACGACACGAUAGCUGAUCUGGGAGAUGAUGAGCUGCCCCUCAUCCCUUCAGGAAUCAUAAAUCAGUCUAGGUCAGCCUCUACUAGAAUGACUGAUCAUGAAGGUGCAAGAGCAGAGGAAGCUGAACCAAUAACGUUUCCAUCUGGAGGAGGCAAGUCAUUUAUUAUGGGUUCUGAUGAUGUUUUGUUAAGUGUACUGGGCCUUGGAGACCUUGCAGACUUGACGGUAACAAAUGAUGCAGACUAUAGUUAUGAUCUGCCUGCCAGUAAAGAUGCCUUUCGAAAGACGUGGAACCCCAAGUACACACUGCGCAGCCAUUUUGACGGAGUGCGGGCGUUGGCCUUUCAUCCUGUAGAGCCUGUGCUGGCCACUGCCUCUGAGGACCACACUCUGAAACUUUGGAACUUGCAAAAAACUGUUCCUGCCAAAAAGCAAGUAUCGAGUGCCUCUUUAGAUGUAGAGCCUAUCUACACAUUUAGGGCCCACAUUGGUCCUGUUCUGUCACUAGCUAUUAGUUCUAAUGGAGAGCAGUGUUUUAGUGGUGGUACUGACGCAACUAUACAGUGGUGGAAUAUGCCCAGUCCUAAUGUGGAUCCAUAUGACACAUAUGAGCCAAAUGUUCUAGCUGGCACUUUAGUUGCUCAUACAGAUGCUGUCUGGGGUCUUGCUUAUAGUGGCAUAAAAAAUCAAUUACUGUCUUGUUCAGCAGAUGGCACUGUUAGAUUAUGGAGUCCACAAGAAAAAUUGCCAUGUAUUUGCACUUACAAUGGAGACAAAGAACAUGGAAUACCUACAUCAGUUGACUUUAUAGGCUGUGAUCCAGCACAUAUGGUGACCUCUUUCAACACUGGUAGUACAGUAAUUUAUGAUUUAGAAACAUCACAGUCAUUGGUGAUGCUUUCAUCACAGAUGGAUUCUGGUUUACAAUCCAGUAAUCACAUUAACAGAGUAGUAAGUCAUCCCACACUUCCUGUUACAAUAACUGCUCAUGAAGAUAGACACAUCAAAUUUUUUGACAAUAAAACGGGUAAAAUGAUCCAUUCUAUGGUAGCUCAUUUGGAUGCUGUUACAAGUCUAGCAGUAGAUCCUAAUGGAAUCUAUUUGAUGUCUGGAAGCCAUGACUGUUCUAUUAGAUUGUGGAAUUUGGACAGCAAGACAUGUGUGCAGGAAAUAACAGCACAUAGGAAGAAACUAGAUGAAUCAAUUUAUGAUGUUGCUUUCCAUCCAUCAAAAGCAUAUAUUGCUAGUGCAGGGGCUGAUGCCCUUGCCAAAGUAUUUGUGUGA